AUGGCCGGCACGGGCGACGACGCCGGGAUGGACGAGGUCCAGAGGCGCCUCAUGUUCGACGAUGAAUGCAUUUUGGUAGAUGAACAGGACAACGUUGUUGGCCAUGAAUCAAAAUAUACCUGCCAUCUGAUGGAGAAGAUUGAGUCUCUGAACCUGCUCCACAGGGCUUUCAGCGUAUUCCUUUUCAACUCAAAACAUGAGCUGCUACUUCAGCAAAGAUCUGCAACGAAGGUUACGUUUCCUUUAGUAUGGACCAACACCUGCUGCAGCCAUCCUCUGUACCGUGAAUCUGAGCUUAUUCAGGAAAACUUUCUUGGUGUCAGAAAUGCUGCUCAGAGGAAGCUCCUCGAUGAGCUGGGCAUCCCGGCUGAAGAUGUGCCUGUUGACCAGUUCACCCCUCUCGGUCGGAUGCUUUACAAGGCACCAUCUGAUGGGAAAUGGGGCGAACAUGAGCUGGACUACCUGCUGUUCAUCGUGCGCGACGUGAAGCUGGUCCCGAACCCGGACGAAGUGGCUGACGUGAAGUACGUGAGCCGGGAGCAACUGCGGGAGCUCAUCCAGCAGGCGGACACCGGCGAGGGCGGCGUGAAGCUGUCCCCCUGGUUCAGGCUGGUGGUGGACAACUUCCUCAUGGGCUGGUGGGAGCACUUGGAGAAAGGCACGCUCGCGGAGGCGGUGGACAUGGAAACCAUCCACAAGCUCAAGCUUUUGUUGUGCCAACGGGAGAUGUCUGUGGCAUUUAGCUUGCUCCGCUUUCCUGGUCCAAAAACAUCCACGGGCUGUCACAUGGAGGGCGUGCUACCCUGGAGCAAGGAAAGGAGAACCCAAGGCUGGCGGAAGAAAUUCAUGUGGUCUUCUUCCCAAUGA